AUGAAACCACUAGUGGGGUGCAGAGGGUCAAACAAAAGACGUUUCAGCAGUGAUGCAGAGUCGUUCAUACAUUCACUUAGUGAACCAAACAAGUCCACAUUAAGAGCCAGGUUGGCUAAUCCUCAUCUUAGGUUAAAGAAACAGAGGAAUCCGGAGGUAUUUGGACAGAAACUCUCAUUGCCCCGUGUUCUAGAAACUUUGGAUAAAGAGGGCCUACAGCAACUGAUCAUGAACAUUAUAUCGGAACAUCCCCAACUUACCUCCGAAGUGAGCGACCUCUCACCAAAGGUUACUUUGAAUGAUGCACUCUCUGUAAUGAAAAAUAAGCUGCAGCUUAUCAUUGAUAACAUUCCAUACAAAGUGGAUCCGGCUUCUGAUUAUAGUUUCCUGAGGGUGAAGAGUUACGUGAUUGACUUUUUCCAGGCGUUGUCUGACUAUACAUUGAAUUACUUGGCUCCAGUGGAAAACGACGUGACAGUCUCGAUCCAGUUUCUUAUAGAAUUCCUAACUAAUGUUUUUCAAAAACUCCCAGAUUUCCAGGCCAUCGAGUUCAGAUACUACUACAAGUUGACGGUGGACAAGUUCAAUACAAUAUUUCUGGAUUCCAUUUCACAGUUUGUCAACGAAAAAAAGCAAAACAUAUUACUUGUUCUCAAUGAAAACUGGCUGCAGAAGUUGGAUACAGCCAAUCGGCUCAACCACAAUAAUUUUGCACCAGCAGCAAACUACCUCGCAAAGGAGAUACAAACAUAUGAGAACUCCGGCUCUGUCAUCUUGAAUACCUCCCACGUAGAGAAUACGGCUACGCAAGGUUUGCAUUCAUCCGAGUCCACCGACUCUUCAACUAGGCUACAAGGCUUGAACGGUCUACUAAACUUCUCUAGCGAUAACAACCCUUUAAAUGGAUCUGCAAUGGGAAACGUCUAUGACACUAUAUAG